GCGAGAUCGCUGGGGGGGAGGGCGAGAUCGCUGUCACACCGGAUCUCAUCUGACACAGGGGAAGGGAGAGAAUGGACAGGAUUCUCCCCGUACCCACAAGUGCAGCCACUGCGACAAGGAGUUUCCUUUCAAAAGUAACCUCAACCAACAUCUGUGAACCCACACUGGUGAGAGACCAUACCAGUGUGGUGAAUGCGUGAAACGGUUUAAUCAUCUAGGGCACCUGAAGGACCACGUGCGGACUCACACCGGUGAGAAACCGUGCGAGUGUGAACAUUGCAACAAAAGCUUCAGUCGGUCAACUUACCUGAAGACUCAUAUGCGGAUUCACACAGGGAACAACCCGUAUAGAUGUGAGGAGUGCAGUAAGCAAUUCACUACGUUGUCAAAUUUAAAGGCUCACAUGCGGACUCACACAGGUGAGAAACCGUACACUUGUGAGCAUUGCAACAAAGGCUUCAGUCAUUCAACUCAUUUGAAGACUCACAUGCAGACUCAUACAGGGGAAACCCCGCACAGGUGUGAGGAAUGCAGUAAACAGUUCACUACGCUAUCACAUUUGAAGAGUCACAUGCGGACUCACACAGGUGAGAAGCCGUACAAGUGCGAGGUAUGCUGCAAGCAGUUCAGUGAGCUUUUUAGUCUGAAAAGACACAUUCGGACUCACACGGGUGAGAAACCGUACAGAUGUGAGGAGUGCAGCAAGCAGUUCACUACGCAGUCAUAUCUUAAGAUACACAUGCGGACUCACACUGGAGAAAAACCUUACAACUGUGAGGCGUGUGGCAAGCAUUUUACUCAGCUGUCAAACCUUAAGAGCCAUAUGCGGACUCACACUGGUGAAAAAGUGUGAGCAGUGCAGCAGACACUAACAGUAUAUUUAGUUGUCUACUCUGAAGAGACAUAUAGAUGUAUGCAGAAUCACUCUGUUAAUGACCGCACCAUCCGCAUAUGAAAAGAAUAACAAGAAGUUUGUUGCUGAGUAAUGAGAAAUACUAAUGAACUGUGAAAUGCGGCAUGGACUGGAUAGGAAUAUGUCCGGUAUGUGGCCCUGCACAUAUCAUUCAGAGCUGCUCUCACGAUGCACAGGUUGUCUUGUACAUGGCAUAAGUAGUCUAGUGUGCUCAUUAAUACUAAAGUAUAGUUAUUAGAUGAUAACUGACAUCGACAUGUAAUUUGCUAUAAGAAAAUAUGUUCUUUUCUUUCAUUUUCAUGUUCACUUUCAUUUUUCAGUCUCACCUGUUGGCACUCCGCUACAAAGGUAUUAUAAGACUGCAUUAUGUAACUAGGCGCACUUUCUAUUCAAUUUGUAAUAUAGGGAAUGUAUAGUUGAAUGUGAUACAUAUAGUCGUAACCUUUAGAAAUAGGAUUCGUAACGUUACGCAUUGCAAACAAGAGGAAUGGGCACGACUUUCUUUGAUCGUUUCAGAAGUUUUGCAUAUGCUCUUAGCGGUAAUCAAUAGAUUUAUUAGCUUAUAGAUUGAAUUGUAGUAACCAUGCUAGAUACAAAUGCAUUAACAUGUCCCAACGUUUUGUGUGUCUUGCUAGUGUACUGUAAUAUACAUAAGAUUUUUCACUUUCCUGCACCUCACUUUCAUCAAUAAACAUUUACAUGUAAUGACA